GCCCGCCUCGCCCCCCUCCGGCGGGCUGCCGCCUUAUCGCCGCCUCGCACCUCGCGUCGCUCUCCCGCUCCCGGACGGCGACUUUUACUUCCGGAUUCCAUGGCUACGACACCGGAAACCGGAAGAGGGCUUGCGACAGCGGAGAGGGCAAGGGCGGUCGCCCGCCCGGGACCUUCUUGGAACUCGGGACUUCUCGGAGCUCUCCCAGCCCGAUGUUCCUGCCCUGCUCGCCUCUCGCUCACGACUCUCCUGACAGACCCUGACUUGGAUGAGCAGACGCCCUUGGAAGAGUCCACUGUAUGAGAUGGUGCAGCCCAGUGGUGGCCCAGCCGGGGAGCAGGACGUGCUGCCUGAAGAGUCUUCUCUGGGGAAACCGGCCAUGCUGCACCUGCCUGCGGAACAGAGCACUCCUGAUACUCUCCAGCGCUGUCUGGAGGAGAAUCAAGAACUCCGAGAGGCUAUUCGGCAGAGCAACCAGAUGCUGCGGGAACGCUGUGAGGAGCUGCUCCGCUUCCAAGUCAGCCAGAGGGAGGAGAAGGACUUCCUCCUGGGCAAGUUCCAGGAGGCCAGGAGGCUGGUGGAGAGGCUCAACCUGGAGAAGCUCGACCUUAAGAGGCAGAGGGAGCAGGCCCUGCAGGAGGUGGAGCACCUCAAGAGAUGUCAGCAGCAGAUGGCCGAGGAUAAGGCCUCUGUGAAGGCUCAGGUGACAUCCUUGCUAGGGGAGCUGCAGGAGAGCCAGACUCGCUUGGAGGCUGCCACCAAGGAGCGGCAGGCUCUGGAGGGCAGGGCCCGUGCAGCCAGUGAGCAGGCCCGGCAGCUGGAGAGCGAGCGGGAGGCGCUGCAGCAGCAGCACAGUGUGCAGGUGGACCAGCUGCGCAUGCAGAGCCAGAGUGUGGAGGCUGCGCUGCGCAUGGAGCGCCAGGCUGCCUCCGAGGAGAAGCGGAAGCUGGCCCAGUUGCAGGUGGCCUAUCACCAGCUCUUCCAGGACUAUGACAACCACAUCAAGAACAGCAUGGUGAGCGGCGACCGCAAGCGGGGCAUGCAGCUGGAGGAUCUUAAGCAGCAGCUCCGGCAGGCCGAGGAGGCCCUGGUGGCCAAGCAGGAAGUGAUUGACAAAUUGAAGGAGGAGGCCGAGCAGCACAAGACGGUGAUGGAGACUGUGCCGGUCCUGAAGGCCCAGGCGGAUAUCUACAAGGCUGACUUCCAGGCUGAGAGGCAGGCCAGGGAGAAGCUGGCUGAAAAGAAGGAGCUGCUGCAAGAGCAGCUGGAACAGCUGCAGCGGGAGUACAGCAAGCUGAAGGCCAGCUGUCAGGAGUCCUCCAGGAUUGAGGAUAUGAGGAAGCGGCAUGUCGAGGUUGCCCAGUCCGUCUUACCACCCCCCUCAGCAGCCCACCACUCCUUCCAUCUGACGCUGACCAACCAGAGAAGAAGCCCCCCAGAAGAGCCGCCCGACUUCUGUUGUCCUAAGUGCCAGUAUCAGGCUCCUGACAUGGACACCCUGCAGAUCCACGUCAUGGAGUGCAUUGAGUAGGGCCAGCAUGCUCAAGGCCCCUGCAGAUGCCACGUGCAGGUCCACACCUUGUCCGGAGCUAAGAAUGAGUGAGAAAGAGUGGCUGCUGCCUCACCCGUGAGCUAGCUGAGGGCUCCAUGGGGCCCUCCGGUCUGCUGGGUCACCUCCCCAGUGGCGCAUGGAGCCACGGUUCAGCCUGAUGUUCUCUGCUCUUUUGCACCCAUCCCCCUGCUUGAGCCACUUGCCCCUGGGGCUGAUCUCCCACUCCUUCCUCCCUCUCCCGCCCGGUCCCUCACUCCUCACUCCCUACCCAAGUCAAGACUGGAGACCUUGAACCUUCAGGGAAAUCUGCUUCCCUAGAUACACGUGGGCAUAGCUGUCCUCCUGCUGGCACUGACCCAGUCUUGCCUCUUGGGGUGUGAGGUGUCCACUGUAUGACCAGGGCAAGUGUGUUCCACCAGCUGCUUGUGCUCUUUGUCCCGAGUGAAUA